AUGCAGCCCUCUCUUCCGUCCUGGAAGGACACCGCUCUCUCGAAAAAACAUAUUCAAAUACCAUGGCGGUCAAUACAACUUCUGGUACCUCAUCGAUUUCGGCGCAAGCUGAGAUCUAAGCUCCGCAACCGACAGUCCCCUGCUUCGUCCAUCACCGCCCUUCAGACCUCGUUUUCUCCUGUCGAUACACUACGAUCGCUUCAGAGUCACAGAUGGACGCUGUACGACGGACAAUGGUUGUUUCUGGCGGUGGUGGGAAUUUUCUCCUUGAGCAUUAUUGAGUCUCCAGGCCCGAUGGUCAAAACGGCGGUUGCAACGCUCUUACUCGCCUCAUUAAUAUUCCCCAUCACACGACAAUUCUUCCGGCCUUUCAUGCCUAUAGCUGCAUACCUGAUCUUUUUCUAUGCCUGCAGAUUCAUCCCGGCUGAAUGGAGACCUCCGAUCUGGGUCAAAGUCCUCCCUGCCCUCGAGAAUAUCCUCUAUGGCGCCAAUUUGAGCAAUAUCCUUUCCGCCCACAAGAAUACCGUCUUGGAUCUGUUGGCAUGGUUUCCAUACGGGCUCGGUCACUUUGGUGCUCCUUUCGUCUGCUCCGCCGUCAUGUUCAUCUAUGGACCGCCGUCAACCGUUCCCGUGUUUGGAUUCGCCUUCGGCUACAUGAAUCUGUUCGGAGUCAUCACUCAAGUCUUGUUCCCUUGUUCCCCGCCGUGGUACGAGAACAUGUACGGAUUGGCUCCGGCAAACUAUUCCAUGAAAGGAUCGCCAGCCGGUCUGGCCCGUAUCGAUGCAUUGCUUGGUUUGGAUCUCUAUACUUCGGGUUUCACUGCAUCACCUAUGGUCUUCGGAGCGUUUCCCUCUCUCCAUGCCGCUACCUCGACUCUCGAAGCUCUAUUCAUGAGCCAUGUUUUCCCCAAACUCACCCCAUUAUGGACAUUCUACGCCGUGUGGUUAUGGUGGGCUACCAUGUACCUUUCACAUCACUAUGCCGUCGAUUUGGUUGCGGGCAGUAUGUUGGCCGGCGUCAUCUUCUAUUUCGCAAAGGCCAAAUUCCUCCCACGGUUGCAACCCGACAAGACGUAUCGAUGGGACUAUGACUACAUUGAAAUUGGUGAAUCAGCCAGUGACUAUAGUUAUGGUCUUGCUGGUCUAGACGGAACCAGCCCAGACAGCGAUGAAUGGACCAUUGGAUCAUCGUCAUCCGUUUCAUCCGGAUCCAUGAGUCCCACUGAGGAAAACCAAAAUCUCUGGACUGAAGCCUAUUCAAACCACGAAAGAUGA